AGGAGGAGGCGGCGGCGAGGAGGAGGAGGAAGAGGAGGAGCGGAGUCAGAGCGCGGCGGCGGCGGCGGCAGCGGCAGAGGCAGAGGCGGCCGCGGCAGGGACCAGCCCAGAGAGACCCCGAGCCCGCGGCGCAGGCGGCGGCGGCUGAGCGGGCGCGACCAGCGGAGAGAGCGAUCGAGCGAGAGGCGGUUCGGCUCCUCCUCGUCCGGCGCCCAGCGGCCCGCGCUCGCACUCGGCCCGCGGAGACCCGCCUCCCCUGCCGGCCUCGAGAGGGACGCGCCGAGCCGGCGGCCGCGGAGCCGCGGCGGAAAGUGCCUGCGGGGGCGGGGAGGGCGCGCGGUCCGGCCGCCCGGCGCGGGAGCGAAGCGGAGCGGGACGCCGAGUCCCGAGCGGCCGGCAGCCGGGGCUCCCCGCCCCUCCCUCCCUCUCCGGCGGCGGCGGCGGCGGCGGCGGGCGGAGUGAGCUGCGGAGCCUGGAAUAUGGUCGGGGAAAUGGAAACGAAGGAGAAGCCGAAGCCCACCCCAGAUUACCUGAUGCAGCUGAUGAACGACAAGAAGCUCAUGAGCAGCCUGCCCAACUUCUGCGGGAUCUUCAACCACCUAGAGCGGCUGCUGGACGAAGAAAUUAGCAGAGUGCGGAAAGACAUGUACAAUGACACACUGAAUGGCAGCACGGAGAAGAGGAGUGCGGAGCUGCCCGAUGCCGUGGGGCCUGUCGUUCAGCUACAAGAGAAACUUUAUGUGCCUGUAAAAGAAUACCCAGAUUUUAAUUUUGUUGGGAGGAUCCUUGGACCUAGAGGACUUACAGCGAAACAGCUUGAAGCAGAGACGGGAUGUAAAAUAAUGGUCCGAGGCAAAGGCUCGAUGAGGGAUAAAAAGAAGGAGGAACAAAAUAGAGGCAAGCCCAACUGGGAGCAUCUCAAUGAAGAUUUACAUGUGCUGAUUACUGUGGAGGAUGCGCAGAACAGAGCAGAGAUCAAACUGAAGAGGGCUGUUGAAGAGGUGAAGAAGUUACUGGUUCCUGCAGCAGAGGGAGAAGACAGCCUGAAGAAGAUGCAGCUGAUGGAGCUGGCGAUCCUGAACGGCACCUACAGGGAUGCCAACAUCAAAUCACCAGCCCUUGCCUUUUCUCUUGCAGCGACAGCCCAGGCCGCUCCGAGGAUCAUUACCGGGCCCGCGCCCGUGCUCCCCCCAGCGGCCCUGCGCACCCCGACGCCGGCCGGCCCCACCAUAAUGCCUUUGAUCAGACAGAUACAGACCGCCGUCAUGCCGAACGGGACUCCUCACCCCACCGCCGCGCUGGUCCCUCCCGGGCCUGAAGCCGGUUUAAUCUACACCCCCUACGAAUACCCCUACACGUUGGCACCAGCUACGUCAAUCCUUGAGUAUCCCAUUGAACCUAGUGGUGUAUUAGGUGCGGUGGCUACUAAAGUUCGGAGGCACGAUAUGCGCGUCCAUCCUUACCAAAGGAUUGUGACCGCAGACCGAGCCGCCACCGGCAACUAACCUAUGACCUUCUGACCUCUGAACUCUUCACCCAAUGAUGACCUGACCAUGCCUGCCUGCUGAUCAGUUAACUGGUAAUCGCCUUUGCUUGCCUGUCGUCAGUGCAGCGAGCUGAGGCACUUGUCCGUUCGUCUUACCAUCUAACCAAACAAAAGACAAAGAAAUUGUCCUCCAACUCAGCUUUUGUUUUGUUUUGUUUUGUUUCUCCUGUUUGGGUGAAAAUGGUUCUAGAACCUGCACUGAAUAGUAGUAAAGCAAUAAGGCCCAAUUCAUGCCACAGCACUGAUCAUCUUCCCAUGUCCCGCCCUAAGCGAACGAACGGUAAGAAGGCCUCCCUGCAGGAGGGGAGCCGGGUGGCCCUUGACUACUCAGUGACAGGCAGUUACUGUGAGAGACUUCCUAGGAGCCCUUCCUUCUCGUGGCGAGUCCAAGCUCUGAAUGUACUGUGUGGUGAUGCAUCAUGCAUGAACCUUUGGUCAGGGAUGUCGUUGGUGAAGGGAUUUUAAAAGUGUUCAAAAUCUGAUACGCUGUUCAGUCACUACAGCGCCCGCCCAGGGCGGCAGCGGCAGCCUUUUCUGUGUUGCCUGCCGGCAUCUGAAGUGUCGGGGGUGUGCCACGAGAGAAACCUUACUUAGCAAGGAACCUGAAAAGUAACGCAAAGAACAAAACUGCAACACUAUUUCAAAAGUAACUAUCUGAGUUAAAACGACUAAGCCUUUGUGUCACAGCUCCUUAAAAAUCCGUGAGAACAAGGUACAUGCAUUAUGUGUCACGUGACUGGGCAAACUGUUCAGAGAUUGUUUUAAACCUCCCUGUAUAGAAAAAAUCAUUAAGGAUGUAAAAGCCAUGCUUGCCUCUUUGCUGUAUACAUGUAAUGAAAUUGUAGAUAAAGUGUAGUGCAUUGAAACAAUGAACAAAAGUAGAUACUUUUACUAUACAAGGGUGCUGGUGCAGAAAAAUAUAUAUAUUUUUGGAAAUGUAGCAUUUUAUACUUUCAAGUAUUAUAAAAAAAGAAAAAGAACAAAGAAAAACCCUUUAUUUCAUUAAAUGAUUUUUUCUGGUGGUUGUCAAGAAACAAAAGACCAAAAGAGCCUUUUUGUCUUUCUUUUUUAUUUUUUAAGUAUUGGAAUAAGUCUAAAGAAAAGGAAGUGCCUUAUUUUUCUUCAUGGUCAUUUAGUCAAGUGUCUCGUAAGAUCAGCUCCUCCCUCAGAACACAAGUUAGCGCACGUUACUCAGCUGCCCAGUAUGUGAGAGCAGAUAAGGGGGAGAUUAAUGAGUUGAUGGUUUGAAUUACAUAUUUUUUGCCACGUUACCUUGAUACAAAUUUGCCAAAUCUGAUACUGUGAAACAAUUUGAUAAUUUUUCUAAUGCCUGACACGUGUUUUCAAACAUCAUUCUUUUAAAAUCAUAAUUGAUUGCUUUUGAUUAUUGCAAUAUUUAAUGUUACCCCAAAGGAUUCUGGGAUAAAAAUUAUGUGUGAUUUGAGCAUCAGUUUACAGACAAAUUAGAGCUUUGUUUUUAAAUUCAGAGACAAGGGUGUGUGUUGAAUUCCGCCUUAUUAUUUGAAGACUGAUACUAUGUUUAGCUGAACGUCUUCACAAAAAUGGACCGUCUUGAUUUUCAUUCUGGAAAAGUGUUCUUUCUCCAAAUGACCCAAACUUAAUCAGACUUCUCCUCCCUACCAGGUAGCCCACCCCCCAGUUUUAAUAACGUAAGGCACCCCCCCCACACACACCUUGUUUCAACUUGAAAAGGGUGGAAACCCAGCAUCGCUGUGCAUAUAAAUGCUCAAUUACAUGGGAGCCCAGCUCCUGGUCGGUCCCCUGUAGUUGAAGUGACGUGUGCACAGAGCCUGUGUCUCUCUGAACGUUUGGUGGCCAUCAGCUGCUUCAGUACCAGACGUGGCAAAUGUCAAGGGGCAGUGGGUGCCAGCUGCUCAGCUCGUCCCCUCGUACACACCUGCACAGUCCGACGUCAGCAGUGAGCUCAGUAAGCACCUCCGCAGGGACCUCCUCCGUCACCGGGUCUCGCUCAGAAACGUUUUCAGUUGAUUUACUAUGCAAUAGACACGCAUUGUUUAGUAGCGGCCAGCUCUGGUUCAGCGCCACUGCUGUCUUCCUGUCACCCACACCGCUGUCUGGUUCAGUGACGGCACUUGCCGUGCCAUUUUGAUCUUUCCUUUGUUUGGUUGAAUAAAUUUGCGACACUCAAACACUUGAGGUGUGGUAGUAGUUUAAAAACAGUACCAGUAUUUGAUCCAGUUUCAUCUCAACUAUGUUAUACCUGGACAUUUUAGAUGUUUAUCAAAGGUCUUUUAUGGGGAAGAAAGUACGUGUAUGAAAUAGAUGUGUGAUACUUAGGAGCAGUGUUGGCUCUGAACAAACUUUUGAAAACUUAGUUGAAACCGUUUUGGAUCAACUGACAAUAAGCAUGACUUUUGAAAUCUGAAUGCCUUGGUUCUCAGUAUUAUCAUUCUUUAUUGAAUUUAUUUCUUAUUAAAAUAUGUAGUUUUUAAGACUUUUUUUGACAGUAUUAUGUAAUUUUUUAGUGUGGGUAGAUGGGAGUGUCGCUUGUAUGUUACCGUACAGCUGACAUGUGUUUUUGUCUGUUAUUAUCUCAGUAGUUUCAUGCUCUGUAUGUACCAUAACCAACCUAUUGCCUAUGAGAAACAUGUAAGAUAAUGUAUUUACAGCCAUUGUUACAAGUUUAUAAUGUAUUUUUCUAUCUUGUUUUAUAUGUAUGUUAUAUAACAUUCAAAAAGAAUUUUUUUCUUGAUUGAGAAAAGGAUACAAAAUGCAAAAUCCACAAUUUUGAUAACUGAAAAUUGCCAAUUGUUUUGCAGUACUUUAUUAUAUUGGGUGUCUUGUCUUUCUUGGGCUUUUUAGUUAGCUAAUGAAUGAAUACAUUAGAUACUUUUGGGUUUUAGUUGGGAUUUUACAUAGCUUGCAUUUUAAUUCUUUGGUUCUUUGCUGUUUCUAUUAACCCAUGGCAUUAUUUUAAUAAAUGUUAUAAUACCAACCUACUAACUCUGGACUAUGUCUGUUUAUUAACCUUUACGUGUUUAAUUAAAACAAAGAAAGAAAGACAAAAGGAUGUAAAGUGUUGAGUUACUGGACUAACCCUGAGGAACGUGACCACAGAUAACACGGCGUGACUUGUUUGUGUGUUGUCUGUCAGCUGACAGUCCCCACACUCCUGCGGCAGGGGCUUUGUUGACUGUGUUACUUCGAGGGGGGAGGUGCCGGUAGAGAGGGGAACGAGGAGGCGGCUUUGGUGUGAGGGCUCUCCUGGUCUUGCCACUUGCCUUUCAGCCUCUGCAGUACUAAUUCCUUUCUUAGUUUUCCUUCUCCAAGAUAAUCCCUGUCUGCUCACAGCAUUAAGAGUAAAGAGAUUCCUUGUAAUGAUGUAGCCCAAGAAACCAGUUUGAUUCUUUGUUGAACCACUUCUCUUAAUUUCUGUAAGUGAGGUAGUAUUAUUGGUUACAUUGCACAGCAAAGAGUGCUGGUGUUCUGUCAUUUUAAACGGACACUUUUCCUUUAUGAACUGUUGACCUGUUUAGCCCGCUGCUCCCCUUGGGGGCGCUCAGCACAGGUCACGGCAGAGUGGCUGUGAUUCUCAGGACAGUGUGGAGGAAGUCGUGGACCAGGGGGGCCGCCGCCCACAGCCCUCAGCCCGCCGCAGGCGGCCGCGGUCAGUUCUCAGGUGCUCUUCCCCCGGCACCUCCUCCAAAGUGCGGUCAUAGUGCGGCACUGAGGCGAGGGCGUGCCCGAGGGUUGACAGUCCCCUGUCAUUGAGUUCUGCGUGCAGGUCAGAUAUAACCCUGCCUCUCUCGGCGGCAGUCUAGGUAAAGUGACCUCUGCAUGGGGAUUCUUAGUUUAACUCUGGAAGUGCAUUUUUAUUUCACAGGAGUUGUUAAUUUCUAUUUAUUAUCUGUGAAACAGAUAUGGAUAAUAAAAAAUUCUUAAGAUGAAUUUUUGCAUUCAUAACUAGUGGCUUAUUUUUAUAAAUUGCAUUUUAUUUAAGUUCUAAAUUCUGGGGCUGAGAUGAGUCGCAUGUUACAGAAGACAUAACCAGUAUGCUUUAAACUAAUCGGACUGUCAAAGCAUUCUCACUUUGUAUUUAUUUAUUCCCAUAAUAUGUACAUAUAUAUGUAUUACAUAGGAUAGUGAUAAGAACUGAUGCAGUUGUAACAGAUGGUCAUCUGGAUUAAAUGAGUUGGGUGGUUUCUCCAAAGGGGUGGGGGGUGUGGCCCACGGGAGGGCUGGGCAGCCCGAGCUCUGCUGCCUGCAGAAGUUCUCGUUGCCGUGGGGCUCGUGUGUCAUUCUGGAGGAGUUCAGAGAUGUCUCUGAAGCUGCUCAUAUACCAGCCAUCAGGUGCCACAUCACCUAAGCUGAUGAGUUUCUGUGCAGCUGACUCAUCUCACACGGGAGGGUCCUUGAUGGACAGUCCCGCCGCACUGUCACCCGUGGGCAUGGGGGAAGUGGGACGGGGCUGCUGCUGUUCAGGGGCGAGAGCAGCAUCGCACAUUGCACUUCUGCCCAGGCGCGAAACCACUGAGCUCAGGAGGAAAGCAUGCUGGUCGGCUUAUCACUUCUUACUAUUUGUAAAACAAUUGAAGAAAACAACUGAAACCUAAAGCUUUUAGUCAAGACUUCGGUGAAAUGAAUGUACUCAGGAGUUAAGCAUGUUUUUUCUUAGGCAACAUAUCAGGAGGAAUGUAGCAAGACGGUAGACACACACAUACACCUGAUACUCCCAGUGCAGUUGCCUGUGGAGGCUGAGGCCCCCCCCCCCCGUGCGGUGCGGUGGGGUGCGUGCACACACACACACAGGGAGGCGACGCUUUCUGGAUGGGUACGCGGCGAACACGAAGGGCUGCAUUUUCUGGUGGGCCGGGAGCGGACAGCGGGUUUGGGUGAAAAUGCUCACUACCAAGGCGAGACCCUCCUUGCGAGCGAAGCCCACCGCCUUUACGGGGCAGUCGGCUUUCUCCAGGCCGCUCGUUCGGGAUGUUUGAUUCCUUGACGACAGUUACGGUGUUGACAGCAAGUGGUUUUUAGUGAAAUGAGACGUAUUGAUAAAUUAUUCAGUAGCAAAUUUCUCAGAAAACUUUGGAUUUUACAAACUUUCUAAGUAGUUCGAAAGGUCAUUUUUUUAACGUAGUCCCAGAUUCCUCCAUGUCUUGAUUCAAAAUGGAAAAAUAGUUGCUUUUAUAUAUAACACUCGUGGUACACACAGGUCAUUUUACCUGUGGUUUCUUGACUAUCAAAUCUAAAUUGAAACACCUUUGUGGUGAAUACCUGGUGCUCAACGUCGAAUCAAACUGGUUCGCCUCAACCUCGUUCUUGCUCAGCCCUGUCUGCCGCACUAACCGCUGGGGCAGGCGGAGGGGGAGGAGGGCCGGGGGGCCAGGCAUGUGGGGGUGGCGAGUGCAGCCCACAGCAGCGCUGACCCCGCAUCGCUUGCAGUGCCAGUUUCGCUGCCCUUUCUUAGCAACAGACACCGAGUUGUGAAGGAAGAGCUCAGCUCCCGGGUAAAAAAGUUGUCCUUUUGAAAAUGCUGUGACUGAAGUUUCGAAUACCUAGUGCAUCUCUGACGGUGUGUGUUGUAGUGGUGCGUACAAAGCGUGUAGAGUUGUACUUUUGGAAACUGUCCAUACAAAGUUGAAACAGGGUCUUCCCCAGCGACGUGCGGGUGGAGAGCCAAGACUGUACAUAGACCAGCGCAGUAAACCAACUGGAAAAUGCUUGUGCCUCCUCCGGCUGCUUGAGCGGGCUGCUGCCCCUGUCCUGCCCCCAAAGCUCACGUGUAAAUAAAGAACGCACAUGGUCAAUUUCUAA